CAGUGGAGCCUUCGCCUGCACCCCGACCACAGCAGCCUCCUUUGCCCUGCGCUCCGCCCGCCAUUUCAAUAUGCCUUCUUUGCUGUUGCUGGAAGCCAUCUGCAUUUUCCUGUUUUCCAGAGCAUCCCCAUCCCUCCCAUUUCAGGAAGUCCAUGUGAGCAGAGAGACCAUUGGAAAGAUUGCUGUUGCCAGCAAAAUGAUGUGGUGCUCAGCGGCGCUGGACGUCCUGUUUCUGUUAGAUGGUUCUCACAGCAUUGGGAAAGGGAGCUUUGAGCGGGCCAAGCACUUUGCCAUCACAGUCUGCGACACGCUGGACAUCAGCCCCAAGAGGGUCAGAGUGGGAGCAUUCCAGUUUGGUUCCACUCCUCAUCUGGAAUUCCCCUUGGAUUCAUUUUCAACCCGAAAGGAAGUGAAGACUGAACUCAAGAGGAUGGUUUUCAAAGGAGGACGUACAGAGACGGGCCUCGCUCUGAAACACCUUCUGCACAGAGGGUUUCCCGGAGGCAGGAAUGGCUCUGUGCCCCAACUCCUCAUCCUUGUCACCGAUGGGAAGUCCCAGGGGCACGUGGCACUGCCGGCCAAACAGCUGAAGGAAAAGGGAGUUACUGUGUUUGCUGUGGGGGUCCGGUUUCCCAGAUGGGAGGAGCUACACAUGCUGGCCAGUGAGCCCUGGGAGCAGCACGUGCUGUUGGCUGAGCAGGUGGAGGAUGCCACCAAUGGCCUCCUCAGUACCCUCAGCAGCUCCGGCCUCUGCAUUCCAGCUGCACCAGACUGCAGGGUUGAAGCUCACCCCUGUGAACGCAAGACACUGGAGACCAUCCGGGAACUCACAGGCGAUGCCCUGUGCUGGAGGGGGUUGCGGCGUGCUGACGCAGUGCUGGCCUUGCGCUGCCCCUUCUACAGCUGGAAGAAAGUGUUUGUCAGCCACCCUGCCAGCUGUUAUAGGACCACUUGCCCAGGUCCUUGUGACUCACAGCCCUGCCAGAAUGGAGGCACGUGCAUUCCAGAAGAACUGGGCAGGUACCACUGUCUCUGCCCACUGGCCUUUGGAGGGGAGGCCAACUGUGCCCCCAAACUGAGUGUGGAAUGCAGGAUCGAUGUCCUCUUCCUGCUGGACAGCUCUGCGGACACUACCCUGGAGGGCUUCCUGCGGGCCAAGGCCUUUGUGAAGCACUUCGUGCAGAAUGUGCUGAGCGAGGACUCUCGAGCCCGUGUGGGUGUGGCUGUGUACAACAGGGAGCUGGUGGUGGUUGUGCCAGUGGGGGAGUACCAGGAUGUGCCAGACCUGGUCAGGAGCCUUGACCGCAUUCCAUUCACAAGCGGCCCCACCCUGACGGGCAAUGCCUUGCAGCAGGCAGCAGAACGUGGCUUUGGGAUUGCGGCCAGGACAGGACAGAACCGGCCCCGCAGAGUGGUGGUCCUCUUCACCGAGUCGCACUCUCAGGACGAAGUUGCUGGCCCCGCACUUCAUGCAAGAGCCAGAGAACUGCUCCUGCUGGCCAUUGGCAGGGUGGCCGUGCGGGCAGAGCUAGAAGAGAUCACGGGUAACCCGAAGCAUGUGAUGGUCUACACUGACCCCCAGGACCUGUUCGCUCAAAUCCCAGAGCUUCAGAGAAAGCUGUGUAGCCGGCCACAGACUGGCUGCCAGGCACAGUCUCUGGACCUGGUCUUCCUGUUAGACUCCUCAGCCUCCGUGGGACCUGAGAACUUUGCCCAGAUGCAGGGUUUUGUGAGGAGCUGUGCCCUCCAGUUUGACGUGAACCCGGAUGUGACGCAGGUCGGCUUGGUGGUCUACGGAAGUCAGGUGCAGACAGCCUUUGGGCUGGACACUCAUCUCACCCACGCCGCCACACUGCGGGCCAUGAGCCAGGCCCCCUACCUGGGUGGGGCAGGCUCCGCUGGCAUGGCCCUGCUGCAUAUCUAUGAUAAAGUGAUGACUGUUCAGAGAGGUGCCCGGCCUGGUGUCCCCAAGGCUGUGGUGAUGCUCACUGGUGGGAAGGGGGCGGAGGAUGCAGCUGUCCCUGCCCAGAAGCUGAGAAACAAUGGCAUCUCUGUCUUGGUUGUGGGUGUGGGGCCUGUCCUGAGGGAGGCUCUCAGGAGGCUCGCUGGUCCCCGGGACUCUCUGAUCCACGUGGCAACUUACGCUGAUCUGCACUAUCACCGGGACAUGCUCAUCGAGUGGUUAUGUAGAGAAGCCAAGCGUCCAGGGAGCCUCUGCAAACCCAACCCAUGCAUGAACGAGGGCACCUGUGUCCUACGGAAUGGAAGCUACCGCUGCCAGUGCCGGGGUGGCUGGGAGGGCCCUCACUGUGAGAACCGGGUGCUGAGAGGAGAUGCCCCACACACACAUGGCUCCCGCCAUGAUCCUGCAGGACAGCAACCAGCCUCCUUCUAACAACUUCCUGGACAUCUCAGAAGCUGAAUGCUGCCCUCAGCAAAGUGGGUCUCUUGGGGGCCUUUGCAUGUCUAUUUCUUGCUCCUGCUUGCAAGCCUUCAUCAAGGAGAAGGACAUUCCAACUGCAGAUGCAGCUGCUUGGAGACAGCAGUAGCAGCUGAUGUCACUCACUGACAGUGAUGUUGAAAAAGUAAUGUGGCCAUGCUGUCUGUGUCUGGCUGUACCUUGUAGAGGAAGUCAUCCGCCACUUUUCCUCUGAGGAGAAUGGGACAUUUGGUGGCCUAGUUAUUUAUCCCUUUGCCCACCACAAAUGAAAGACAAAAUGUUGCGACAAUAAUACCUAACAGAAGGCAUUCACUGAAGUGUGGGGAGGACCAGAUGGAAAAUGUAUAGACCUCUUUCUUUCCUGAAAGAUCUCUUGUGUGCAUUUACUUUUAGUGUAAAGAGAAACUUAGCUGGCUGGCAUUUGUGAAUUCUUUUGGGGACUGGAUCUAUCUGUAUGAGGGAGAAUACUGAAAAGGUCUUAGACUGAAAUGUGCAGGUUUUAUCUAUGAGAGAGGGGCUGAGUGUCCAGAGCUUCCUUUUUAAAGUGUAUUUAGGAGGGGUUAGUGUGAUGGGCAUAUUAAAACCUCCAUUUAUCCUACUUCAGUGGGACAAAGAGUAGAAUUCUUGACCUCAACAAGUGAACAAUAAAGAAACUCAUAAACAGUUUUGCUGUUUAAAAUGUAGGUAUUAUGCUAAAUUUUUGUUUUGAUUUGCUUUUCAUGCCCAGUGUUUAAAGGAAUCGUACAAACAGAUGUUGUUGGUUAUUUAUUUACCAGAAGUAUUUUGUAGCUAUGUGGCAAGAAUUAUUUGGAUUAUCUUCUGGCAAACUAGGUACUUAGGAAUAGGUAGUUAGGAAUGAAUUCUUCCCCUUGGUCAUGUUGUUGGAUUUACAGUAGAAGUCUUUAUUGAGCUCUGACAGAAAUCCCGAGACAUAGUUUUUCUUCUUUUUUAGCGUAAUUUUUAAUGUGUUGCUUUAUGUACAAAAAUUCAAGGCAAGGCUACUCUAAUUUCAACACCUCUUAAAGAAAUUCAGGUUUUCUGGAGAGGUAUCACUAUGGUAUGAUUAUAUGUUGAAUGGGUGAUCUGUUCUUCCAAGCAUUGAGUUGUGACAAUAAUUUGUGUUUGAGGGAUGUUUUCAUUAAUAAUUCAUCUCUUACUAUCACAAUAUCCUUCAUAUACAACAGCAUCAGGGCAGAAACACCUGCCCAUUCAGAGAUUCUGAGCAGUGCUAGUGUAGAAGCUGUGAAUUCAUUAAGAUUUGUAACAGACCAUUUUUAUCAUUGGGGUCAUUAUCUUUAGGGGUAUAUGCAUGUCUCAUUUGAAUUACUUAGACUCCAGCAACAGACAGCGUUGACAUAUUAAGAACUUACCCUCUUUCUUUCUGGGAGGUGGUGCCCAGCCCUUGAAAAACAGCAGAGAAUCUCUGUCUUAUUGCCUAACCCACCCAGCACCUUUCUUUCAUUUUAAACAAACCUCUAGCUUUAAUUUCUUGCUUUUGCCUUUAAUUAUGUUUUUAUAAUUUUAUAAUUAAUUAUAUAUUUCCUUACAAAACAUAAAACACUGUAGGAUCUACCUUAAAUCUUUAUUAGUAAAGAUCUGAAUCCUGCCACAUUGCUGAGGCCUCCAAUUCAAGUUCUAACAGUUGAGCCUGUUAUAUUUGUAGGAAAAUGUCAUUUACCAAUGGUGAAGGCUUUGUUUCUUCUGAAGCUGAAUAUCAUUCUUCAUGUCAUUUUGUAUCAUGUAGGCUCUUCUGAAUACUGUUUUUCUUUUGUUUUUUUAAGUAGUGAUAAUGCCUUUUAUCCAUACCUGAUUCUGGACUACCAGUAUGGUUUCAUCAUUAGAGUUGUUAAAAUUUCUGGGAGUCAUUUUAUCAGGUUAAGAAGUUUUUUUUGGGG